CUGAGCCCCCCGCGCGCGCGUCACCAGCAAAAACUCGUGAAAGCGACUCCGAACAUCUGGCUCUGGAUUCCGCACGGCACCAGUCACUCCGCGCGGCGGGGAGACAUUGAACGCCUCUUCAUACAAAAGGCGUUUUCUCCUUCUGGAGGCGCGCACAUAUACACGAGGCGGAUGCGCAGUGGAGGCGCAUCGCUCACAGCCGCACCGGGACCCUACUAGUUGCGUUUUUCCAGUAUUUUUUAUUAUCAUUUAUAUACAUUUGUUCUCCCUUCUUCUUCUGUUUUUUCCCUCUUUUUUUUCUUUUUUCCACCUCGCUCACAAAAGUGGGGGAGCCUGAGUCGAGUUACAUAUCACCGUGUGUGUGUGUGUGUGUGUGUGUGUGUGUGUGUGUGUGUGCGGAUCGGAGAGGAGUCGUCCUUUACAUGCCGGUCAUGGAUUUCUUGAAGGGCAUCGCUGGUUCCGCAGGCCGUCACAUGUGAUAAGGAGCCGAGGCGCGCGCGUGCGUGUGUUUCUGGACACCUGAAUCAUCUCCGAGAGGCAUCUCGUUUGGGGUCCCAUUUUUUUCCGAGGCGAGCCGGGAUGCGCUAGGCUCCUCCCGGGAGGAAAAAUCAUCUCCAGCACACCCUCCUCACCUGCACCCUCCUCCUCUGACUCGGCUUGAUGUUUCAUCUGCAAGGUGCGUUGACCUGACCCGGCCGCCCGAUGGAGUACCUCCUGCUCUACCUGCUCGUCGGCGUCGGCGCGGCGCCGAAGGCCCACAAAGCUCAGGUGUGCCCCAAGCGCUGCGUCUGCCAGGUGCUCAACCCCAACCUGGCCACCCUGUGCGACAAGAAGGGCCUCCUCUUCGUGCCGCCCGACAUCGACCGGCACACGGUGGAGAUGCGCCUCGGGGACAACUUCGUCACGGGCAUCAAGCGCAGGGACUUCGCCAACAUGACCAAGCUGGUGGACCUGACGCUGUCGCGGAACACCAUCGGCUCCAUCGCGCCGCUCGCCUUCAGAGACCUGGAGAACCUGCGCGCCCUCCACCUGGACAGCAACCGGCUGUCGCGCAUCGUCAACGACACCUUCAGCGGCAUGUCCAAGCUGCACCACCUCAUCCUCAACAACAACCAGCUCACGCACAUCCAGACCGGCGCCUUCGACGACCUGACGGCGCUGGAGGAGCUGGACCUGUCCUACAACAACCUGGAGAGCGCGCCGUGGCCCGCCAUCCAGAGGAUGGCCAGCCUCCACACGCUCAACCUGGACCACAACAUGCUCAGGUACAUCCCGGAGGGCACCUUCUCCGGGCUGCAGAAGCUCAAGAGGCUGGACGUGACCUCCAACAAGCUGCAGAAGCUUCCCCCGGACCCCAUUUUCCAGAGGGCCGGGGUCCUGGCCACCUCGGGGGCGAUGGGGCCCAUGUCGUUCGCGCUGAGCUUCGGGGGAAACCCGCUGAGGUGCAACUGCGAGCUGCUGUGGCUGCGGAGGCUGAGGAGGGAGGACGACCUGGAGACCUGCGCGUCGCCGCAGCACCUCGCCGGGCGCUAUUUCUGGACCGUUUCGGAGGAGGAGUUCCUGUGCGAGCCUCCUCUCAUCACCCGGCACUCUCAGGAGCUGCGAGCUCUGGAGGGUCAGAGAGUGACCCUGCGCUGUAAGGCCAGGGGCGACCCCGACCCCAUCAUCCACUGGAUCGCCCCCGACGGCCGCCUCAUGUCCAACUCCUCCAGGGCCGCCGUCCACACGGACGGCACGCUGGACAUCCUCAUCAGCACCGUCAAGGACUCUGGUUCCUUCACCUGCGUGGCCUCCAACCCGGCGGGGGAGGCGCAGCAGAUGGUGGAUCUGGUCAUCGCUAAGCUCCCCCACAUCGCCAACAACACGGUGGCGGAGCAGGAGCCCGACCCCGGGUCGUCGGACAUCGCCACGGUCACCAAGACGGGCGCGGACGGCGGCGGAGGCUCGCCGUCCCUGGGGAACGCCAAGACGAGCCAGGAGAAGAAAGUGGUGAUCUCCGAGGCCACGUCCACCUCGGCCAUGGUGCAGUUCAACUUCCAGAGGAGCAUCCCCGGAAUACGCAUGUUUCAGAUACAAUACAACGGCAGCUACGACGAUUCACUGGUUUACAGAAUGAUACCCCCGACCAGCAAGAGCAUCCUGGUGAACAACCUGGCGGCGGGCACGCAGUACGACCUGUGCGUGCUCGCCAUCUACGACGACCAGGUGACCUCGCUGACCGCCACCAGGGUGAUCGGCUGCAUCCACUUCACCACGGAGCCGCAGUACCUGAGGUGCCACUUCAUGCAGUCGCAGUUCCUCGGCGGCACCAUCGUGGUCAUCAUCGGGGGGAUUAUCGUGGCCUCGGUGCUCGCCUUCAUCAUCUUCCUCAUCGUGCGCUACAGGGUGUGUAACCAUGGAGAUGCAGAUAAGGCUCUAGAGAUGGGGGACAUUUGCUCGCUGAGCAGCGAUGGGCAGCUGCAGGGCUGCGGGAUCCCCAAGUCCUUCUCCAAGCAGGUCCUGCGUCCAGAGAAAAGUGAGAAGGAGUGCCUCAAAAUGUCCCUGCCGCCCCCGGAGCCGACCAAGCAGCGUCCGGCGGCGGCGGCGGCCGGCGCCAAACCCUCCGUCCCCGACUGCACCGUCUCGACCUCGGCCGCCAGCCACAGCUGGCACCCGGCCUCGCCGAACGCCCCGAGGCCCAAACGCUUCAGCGCUCCACCCAAACCCUCCGAGGCUCAGGCGGACGUCGAGCUGGAUAACGCGAACCGGAAUAACUCGUCGGAGGUCAAAACCGUUGCCGGGCGGCCCGCCGAGUGGACUGCGGUCCCCAGGGGUCCGCGGCCCCGACCGGGGCCUCAACAUUACAUGACCGUGCCAGCGGGCGGAGCGAGGGGGGGGAACCGCAGGCACUCGCUCAACGCGGACUCGCACGGCGAGCGCCGCUGCGCCGCGGCCCGCCUCAAACCCGGGGCCGGCCUGCGCUCCAAGAGGAGCCUGUCGAUGAGCGGCGAGCUGCCGCAGCCGGAGGGCCCGACGAACAUGCGGCGGGCCAGAGACAAGCUCUCCAAGUCCGAGUGGCUCCUGGAGAGCACUUUAUGAUUUUGGAGUUUCUGAACCGCGUUGUCGGCGUUUCUUCUUCUUCUUCUUCUCUUCUCGGGUUGGAUUGGAGACCCGUCUGUGGAGAUGUCGCGCCUCGUUUUGAGCUCCUGCGUGCUCUCCAUCGAGGGAACCGACUGUACGCUUCUCUCAUAUAUACACGGGGGGGCACGACAGGGUUACGGGGGAACGUCUCACAUUUUGUUUUCUACCUGACGACCGAUCAAAGGCUCGAGAUCGAAAAAGGCACAAGCGAUGUACGAAACGACGCCACGUACCAAAAAAAAAUAUGUCGAGUUUGCGCGAGACGCCGUACGACUCGACCUUAAGUGUUGGCGUGGUUUUGAAUGCGGUAACCUCGACAACACGCUGUAUUAUAGAACAAAAGAAAACCCUCGUCUCCGGCUCUCUCCGGGUCGGACAGUCGGGGCGAAAUGUCUUAAUUACCUUUUCGGGAAAGAGAGAUUUACAAAUUUGCUUUACAUCCCAGAGGUGUUGGAACAGAAUGUAGGAGGAAGGCAGCGCUCCGUCCCUUUUUCAUGCCGACACCCCCCCCCUCUCCCCCCUCUCUCCCCCCCUCCACAGACACAGCACAAUGCAGUCUUCGCGUGGCACAAGUCGACUCGGUCCCAAGCCGCCCCUCCGGUUUGAAUCGAUAGAUUCUCAUCACAUGAACGACAUAAAGACUCCGAUAGGAUCACCGCGGCGACGGAUUUGAGCGACGAUUGAAUCGACAUCGCCGCUCGUCGUCACGGGUAAUCUGAUAUUAAGCGUGGAUGAGACCCGGAGGAACCCUCUCUCUCUCCCUCUCUCUCUCUCCCUCUCUCCGUUUCCAUAUAUUUCUUUCUUUUCUUCAACUCGCCGUCGUCGGUGACGACCGCGUCGUAAAACGUGAACUUGCCGGUGUGAGAGGAGCGAUCAUCGCGAGGACGUCGGCUCUUGAUUUGUUGCUGUUGUUUCUGUUUGAUGUUUACCAAUAUAAAUAAAACCAGUGAUUCAAAAAAAGG